UUCCGAGUCAGAAUAAAGAGGAGUCGUUCGAACUUUGAGUUGGAACGGAAUUUCUUCUGCUCUUUAUAUAAAAUGGGCACCUCCCUGUCUUUGUUCUCCCUGCAAAGCCAUUAAAACCCAACAAAAGUCUUCGUUUGGUUUUUGCCUUUUCUUUCCUUUUGGGUUCGUCUCUCUCUCUAUUAGCACAUUUCCAAUCCUACAUGUUGCUUUGAUUGAUUCUCAAUCAGCUAAGCUAGCUCAAGUUUACGGUUGGUUGAGAGAAGACAAACAUACAACUUAAGCUUGCUGGUUGAAGAGGUUUCUGUGAGAGUUUUAACCAUGGAAAGUAGUCGAAACUUUGUUGUAAAUGGAGGGAUCAAGAUGCCCAUUGGUUACAGGUUCCAUCCUACAGAUGAAGAGCUUGUGGUUCAUUACCUGAAGAGAAAGGUUUUGAGUCUCCCAUUACCUGCUUCUGUCAUUCCUGAGUUUGAUGUUUUCCAGACUGAUCCUUGGAGCUUGCCAGGUGAUUCGAAAGAAAAUAGGUAUUUCUUUAGCAACAGCUAUGGCAAUGAAAGUAACAAGAAUGGCAAGAGAGCAGCUGGUUCUGGUUACUGGAAGCCCAUUGGCAAAGAGAAACCAAUUUUAGCUUCUGGAAGCAACCAAGUAGUUGGGAUGAGAAAAGCUUUGAUUUAUUGUGAAAGGAAGAGUUCCAAUGACACCAAGACUCGAUGGCUCUUGCAUCAAUAUCGCCUUGUCGGCUCAGCGGCAGCUCUCGGUUCAUCUCAGAUGUCCAAGUGGAAAUUGUUUGGAGAUUGGUUGGUUUUCCGGGUGUUUCAGAGGAAGAGAAAUGCCAAAAAACAUAGAGCCAGUUCUAACAAAAGUCAGACUACCAGUGCAGUGACCAUGCCUAGUUGUAUUGAUUUUACAGUGGAAGACUGCUCCGUCUAUGGUCCUCCUCAACCUUCUUCACCGAGUUCAAGUGAAAUUACUGAGGUUUCUCUCAAUGGAUUAGUUGAGGAAGAAAGCAGUGAUUUCAUUAGUUCUUACUCAAAUCGUUGAAUGAGAAAGCAGUGAAAAGAGUUCACACUAGACUUUGUACCAGAUCUUUUUAACUGUUGUGCAAGAAAUGAGAAAUGGGCAAAAAGGAAAAGAAAAAAAAAUGGCAAAUUUGACUGUUUCUAGGACUUGAGAUAUUGUGUUCUGCAAGCAAAUCCCAAACCUUUUACCAUGA